CUUUAUACGACAUUUUUAUUUUUGUUGGACACUAAAAGAUGGAAGGACCACCAACGCCAGCUAAUGAUCAGCAAGAAACUACGCAGCGUCCCCAAAUGAACCGCUCAAGCUUAUACAUGCUAUUGUUUUUGUUUUCUUUGUUAUUCUUCAAUUUUUCGGACGAUGGUACUGUCAGAAAUGGAAAACCAACUAAAGCAGACUUACUUGAGGAAUUGCAACUCGAAAAAGAAAUUUUGAACAACUUGACUUUUGGUGUUAAUGUCAGUCAUCCUUUACCCAAGUCAGUUUUGGAGCCAUUGAAAAAUCUUAGGGCUAUUCAUGAAUCGUCUAGCUCUGUCUAUUACCAUAAUAUCACUGGAAUUUUUCGAGGAAAUUGGGAAAAUAGAAAUAUCAGCGUCCCAGAUAAUGCGAACAAAACUGCACUAGACGAAGCGAGAAGUAAAUUUAAGUUCGAAGGACCUGGCUCUUUUUCAAUAAAUUUGAAAGCUACAGAAACAAUGAAUAAAGAUAUAAACUAUAUGGAGGGAUAUGUAAGAAUAAAGGAUCACGAAAAAAGUGAUUACGGUGCCUUACUGCUGGCAGGAGGUGUUCAUUUUCUAGGUAACGGAUCACUGUUUUUGAUGGUAGUUCCUGAUGGAAAUCCUAUUCCUUUAGAGGAUUUAUUACAUAUGCUCCCAACAAAUAAAACGUUGGUCGCCGCUAGAGAAGUUAUUGACGAGCAGAUUGACAAGCGUAUCGAUGAAUUGGAAAGAGAAAAAUACUGGGAUUGGCAGCCUUCAGAUGAAUCCUCCGAUCGCUCAAAUUCUGUACCUUUUACGUGUAAUUUUCAAAUGUUUGCGCAACUUCAUCCUGUACCUUCAAGUAUCAAGGAGUCUGAAUUGCUUGAGUUUGAAAGAGAGCUUGAACAUCCGUUAGGCGUAUCAACUAUAUACCCACCUGCACUUUUAAUGUCAUCAGAGAUGUUUUCUCCAAAUUGCAAUUUGCUAUUAUCAAGCCACAAGCAGGCCGGUAUUAAAAUUGAAAGUUACUACAAUAAAGCAAUUACAUAUGCAGGAAUCGCUAGUGUAAUUGCUGUGAUUCAAAUAUUUUCUUUGAUUCAUCAAAUGGAAUACACACCAACGCCAUCAAGCGUGUCUAAUGUCUCAUAUUGGACGAUAUCAAUGCAAGCUGUGAUGGACGGCUACUUAUGCCUAUUGUUUUUAACAACAGGUGUUGUCAUAGAAAAUGUGUUUAUACCAUUUGCAACAGCAGCAUUUUUCACUUUUGUCUUGGUUUCAAUUUUUGGAAUGCGGUAUUUGCUUGUUGUAUGGAGAAUUCAAAGGCCAGAAUCUGUUCGUCCAAGUACACCACCUUCUCCUGUGCCUGAUAGUAACCGUACACCAGAUACAGAGAAUUUACUCCCCGUCGCCAAUGUGAGAAGACCUAAUACUAAUGAAGAAUCAAAUCCCCAGCGUGACAUUACUUAUCUGUACUAUAGACUAUAUGCUGUUUUGUUGCUCGGAUUAUUCUUGUUCUAUCAGUCGGUUACAAGAUCAGCCCUUGUUCAAAAUAUUAUCGUAGGCUCGCUUGGAUUUUUGUUCUAUUCGUUUUGGGUACCCCAAAUUGUGCGAAAUGUUUUUAGAGGCUGUAGACAUCCAUUAAGUCAUCGUUACAUUGCUGUGAUGAGCAUCACCCGAUUAUCUGUGCCAUUAUACUUUUAUGGAUGUCCAAACAAUCUUGUAGGUCAUGAAACAACACUUUGGGUAUGGGCUUUAGUGGCAUAUAUUGGUUUACAGGUAGUUAUAUUAUUACUACAAGAUGCUUUCGGUCCACGAUUCUUUGUACCAUCCAAGUAUCUACCUCAAACUUACAAUUAUCACCCUAUUAUAUCUACGGAUGAUGAAGAGGCUAUACAAGAAGGGGAUGAGAAUGGUGAUGCAAAAUCUCUUCAUCAAUCUAGAGAUUGUGCUAUCUGUAUGUUGCCCAUAGACAUAAGUCAUGGUAAGCAUACUGGAUUAAAUGUGCUUUCAAGGACAACGUACAUGAUAACACCUUGUCAUCACAUGUUUCAUACCGAGUGCCUAGAGAGAUGGAUGCGAAUUAAGCUAGAAUGUCCUGUCUGUAGAGCUUAUCUUCCUGCUUGUUAAACUUCAUGUGUAAGUAAUUUCCCUUUAAUAAAAGUGUAUGCAAUCUUCAUAAUCUCCCAUUACUAUAUGAUAGGCCUCCUGUAAAUUUAAUUUCAUG